AUGGCGGCGUCUGCGGCGGCACUGCGGCACCUGGCCUCGCUGGGCGCCCGCCUCCCGCCGCAGGGCCGCGCCGCCGGGCGGCUGCUCCAGCAGCGCAGGGGGAUCCGCCUCUCCGCGCCCGCCGCCAUACAGGUGACGGUGCGGGACGCGCUGAACCAGGCGCUGGAUGAGGAGCUGGAGCGGGACGAGCGCGUCUUCCUGCUGGGCGAGGAGGUGGCCCAGUAUGAUGGCGCCUACAAGAUCUCUAGGGGCCUCUGGAAGAAGUACGGGGACAAGAGGGUGAUCGACACCCCGAUAUCAGAGAUGGGCUUCACGGGAAUCGCUGUCGGUGCUGCUAUGGCGGGGUUGAGACCAGUGUGUGAAUUCAUGACGUUCAACUUCUCCAUGCAAGCCAUUGAUCAGGUUAUAAACUCCGCUGCCAAGACCUGUUACAUGUCUGCCGGAGCAAUCGCUGUUCCCAUUGUGUUCCGGGGCCCCAACGGGGCAUCGGCUGGAGUCGCGGCUCAGCACUCGCAGUGCUUCGCAGCUUGGUACGGGCACUGCCCCGGACUGAAAGUUGUUAGUCCUUGGAGCUCGGAAGAUGCCAAAGGUCUGCUGAAAGCAUCAAUCCGGGAUGAUAAUCCAGUUGUGAUGCUGGAAAAUGAAUUACUCUAUGGUGUUCCCUUUGAGAUGUCUGAACAGGCACAGUCAAAGGAUUUCAUUGUUCCAAUUGGAAAAGCUAAAAUAGAAAGGCAAGGAACUCAUGUUACAUUAGUUUCACACUCAAGACCCGUUGGACACUGUUUGGAAGCAGCUGCUGUACUUGCCAAAGAAGGCGUAGAGUGUGAGGUUAUAAAUCUGCGUACCAUUCGACCAAUGGAUAUUGAAACAGUGGAAGCCAGUGUUGUAAAGACAAACCAUCUUGUAACUGUAGAAGGAGGUUGGCCGCAAUUUGGAGUAGGAGCUGAAAUCUGUGCCAGGAUCAUGGAAGGAUCUGCCUUUAACUACUUGGAUGCUCCAGCUGUACGUGUUACUGGUGCAGAUGUUCCUAUGCCUUAUGCAAAAAUUUUAGAAGAUAACUGCAUACCUCAAGUGAAGGAUAUAAUAUUCGCAGUGAAGAAAACUUUAAAUAUCUAAGUUGUAAAUACAUGUUUUAUAGUUCUGCUUUAAAUAGUUGUGUAGGGCAAGAUGUAUGCAUAACUUUGUUGUAUAACUACAUGAACUUUUGUACAGUGGGGAAAGUAUAGCAACCUCCCAGAAUAUUUGUGGGGUUACCCUGUAAGCCACACUUCGUAUAAGCAACAAUGUGGUAAUGCUUGUUUGUUCACAGUACAGGUGCGUUAGUGCUAUUCUGUGUGGAGAAAGCUGAUUCAAAAUUCAGAGUGAGGAAAAAAAAAUCCUCCAUUUGUGCUUGGCUUGUAGUUAUCAGCCAAGCUGUGUUAAACUGGCUGUAGUGGUGGUGAAGAACUGCGGUGAGCUGAAGUCCAGCCUUGGAAUGCCAUAUGGCUCUCUAGGAGCCCAUGGUCACAAGGCUUAUUAAAGGUGAAUGAUCAAACUCCAGGGAGUGAAGCCUUGCUUUUCAGUUCAAGUUAAGUGCAGCUAUCUGCACAAAGUGGCUUUGGAAGCUUGCAGUAUGGGCUAAGAGAUGGCUAACUUCUUCAGUUCGAAGAGCUCUCUGCUCAUGUGGGAAAGCUUCUGCACAAGAAGAAUGAAGAUCCUGAUCCUCUUCAGGAUGUGAUGGGAAACACUACCUGAUUUUUCUUCACUGGCUGCUACAUACAGUGAUAAAAAAUACUUGCCCGGAUGCUUUGCUUUAUGUAUGUUUUUAACUCAUCACAUGGGCUAACAACAGCAUGCUCAAAUUAUAGUUCUUACAGUACAAAAUAAGUUAUUUUAUUCAGACACACUGAAUGUGCAGCGGCAGCACAGAUUGUGUUUGAAGAGCUGGUAAACAGUCGCCACAGCCUUUAGGCGGAUCAGCGUGUGUCAGGGUUUAGCUGAGGGUCUAGUCCCGACAGGCAGGGUUCAGCUUUGUCCAGCAGCCUCUGGUACGGUGUGAAAGCUGCCUGGAGCAGCCUUCGCAGCGUGGCUGGCUCGGUGCCCCACGCCAGGCUGCCUUUCCCUGAGCUGCUGGAGAGGAGAUACUUACCACUGUAAGCAGACAGAGAGCUCAGGUCCCAUUUCAGUUGAGAGCCAGGAAUACCUUUUGGGGCAUUUCCUUUUAGCAGGAGUGCUGUUAGGUUCUUAGAAGUCUGGCUUGCAGGGGAAAUCCUAGCUGAAUAUACCCACCACCACGCAGCUGAAGGAAUUCCAUUAACUUUUUAAUAAAAAUGACUGAAUAUCACAGGUUACAUGAAACUUUGUACAGACAUUCUCUGCAUAGUAACAAACACUGAUGUACUUGAAUUUAAAAAAUGGAUUAUCUAUAAUCCUUUAAAGUGCAAUUUGUUUAAGGUUUUAAAUCAAAAAUUAUCUUUCAAUAAAGUUUAAGCUGUAGAAUUAA